AUGAUUUCUACCACAAAUCACUCUGGGCCGUCAGAUCGACAAGCUACCAGGCAGGCUGAUUCAGCUCGCAUCGUGCCCAAACCUGUCCCCAAGGCCCAGAAUGACGACCCACGCACAUACCAAAUCAAACAGUUGCGCAAGCGCUACUCACCAAGGGAGUCGACCGUCGAAAAUGGCGCCGCGACGUCUCUGCUCUUUGACCUGCUCCCUUCAGACCCCGACUUCCCAUAUGAACUGGACCAUCUCAAGUGCCAACUUCGUAUCCCCAAGAACUACCCCAAGGAUUCCUCCCCGCCCACGAUGGCCAUCCUGAACAAGGAUAUCCCACGUGGGUUCGCCAUCAAUGUCGAGAAGGGAUGGGACGAGCUGGUACAGGAGAGGAGUGGCUCCACCCUGCUGGCCCUGGUGAAUGCACUCGAUAGAAACUUGGAGGCGUUUCUCUCCAAGAAGCAAGUUGACACGGUCAAGUUGACCAUGUUCAAGGACACGAGACAUUUGGAAGACGUGGCCACCGGUACUCCAGACUCAUUACCGGAGGAAUCAACAGCUCACGUCCCAGAGGCCGUCGCAGAAGAAGUAGUCCGGAGGCCAUUCGUCCCAGAGGAGACUUUCACCAAGGAUCAAAAGGCCGAGGCCAAGGCAAGAAGGGCCCAAGAGACCAGGCAAAUCGAAACCCGUAUGGGACGGCUUCCUCACUACAAGAGGUCAAGCGACGGCAUUGUCUACACACUGCCGCUCGAGCCUAAGCGCAGAUCUGAGCUACCUGAUGGCUUGCGCGGCGUCAAUUCCUUUCAGCUAAUCGUCCCAUUUCUGUACCCUCUGCAGCCGCCUCGCAUUCUGCUCAACGAUGUUGAGUCCGAAGACGCCGAGGAGGUAGAGGAGCUAUUCACAGAGAAGGCAAAGGAGAAGACAGAAAUGUCCCUCAUGAGCCACAUGAACUAUCUGACACAAGGUCUCCACGUGCUGGUCAAGCAGGCACUGUCAAGGAAGAACGCUACACCAGUUGCGCAAAUCCCAGAGAAAACUUCAACUUCGGCAGAACAGGACGCUGUCAAGGCUCCCGCUAUUGUCGAAAACAAGGGCAAGGUUCAGUUGAUCCCCCGACCACCGGAAUGGGACCACCAAGGGGAAGACAAAGGUAGCGACGAGGACUCGUGUGAGUUCACCGAGUCUGAGGAUGAAGAUGGAGGCGUGGCCGUAACCACUCAACCCGGAACCUCCGCUAUCCCAACUCAGACGAUCGAGCGAGGCACAUCGAUAUCCUUCCCAUCCAUCGAGCUGCUUGGUAUCGAGCUAUUUCAGCUAUCCAUCCUUGCACUCAGUGUCAAGUGCCAACGCUGCAAGACUGUCAAUGAAAUUGGCGGGAUCAAACCAAACGCACCAAAGGCUACCGAAUCCUGCCGAAAGUGCGGCACCUCAUUCUCCCUAACAUUCCGCCCUGAGCUCAUACACGCCAACUCAACAAGAGCAGGUUUCAUCGAUGCCACAGGCUGUACUAUCGCAGACAUGCUCCCGUCGACUUUCGUGCCUACGUGUGCUAAGUGCUCAACACCCACGGCACAGGGUCUGGUAGCUGUCCGCGGCGACACCACGACCAACGUCUGCCGAGAAUGUCACGCGCGCUUCACCUUCAAGAUCCCGGAGGUAAAAUUCCUCGUCUACUCGGCAGGCUCCAGCGUCCUCCCACCGACGUCGGGCCCGCGCCGCCGAGACGAAAAACUCGGCCUCCACGCCGGCGAGCCACUCCCUAGCAAGGGCGUGUGCAAGCACUACAAGAAGAGCUACCGCUGGUUCAGGUUCAGCUGCUGCCAGAAGGUGCACUCGUGCGACAAGUGCCACGACGAGGCCGAGGACCAUCCCAAUGAGUGGGCGAACCGCAUGAUAUGUGGAUACUGUUCGCGCGAGCAGAAUUACACACCCGGCAGCUGCAACUUCUGCGGGAGAAGCCUGGUUUCGAAGGUGCACACAGGGUUCUGGGAGGGCGGCAAGGGGACGAGGGAUAGGAUGCUCAUGAGUCGGAAGGAUCCGAGGAAGAAGAAGCGACCCCAUGUCAAAAAGGAGUAA